AUGGAUGACGUGUGCCCCAUUACCGCGACGAGGUACUCCGUCAAGGACCUCAAUCUAAGCAUCACAGAGCCAUGGCGCCCCUGGUACACUCCUGCCAACGAGGUUGGAGGCUACAUCCAGCAGUACAGUGGAGGAUUCACGUUCGCUUCCGUGAGGGGAGCUGGUCACCUGGUGCCCAGUUUCCAGCCCAAGAGGUCGCUGCUCCUCUUCUACUCGUUUCUGAAAGGCGUGCUUCCGCCUGCCGUUUCACUGUGGCAACCGUGACGGCAUCCAGGAACUACUCCAAGUCUAAAUAUAUAUAUAGCCCAUGAUGGAGUCUUUACUAUAGACACAAAUAACCUGCACAUGAUGCACGCGAGCAAGUCACGCGCGUGA